AUGUCGGCUGCUACCACCGACCCGGCCCUUGUUGCCGCUCCCGCCCCGGAUCUCUCUCCAGUUGACGCUGUCCACGACGUCUCACCUGUUGACCACGUCGGCGAUCAUAUCGGCGCAUCACCAAAGGAGAGACAUUCUCUCACUCUCGACCAGCGAAGAGCUCUACGCCGUUGGGCCAAUAGUCAACCUAUUCGCCCUUCGCACAAAGCAUGCAUUGAAUGGUUCUUCUCACGGUAUGGCCAGCAAAUAAGCCAAUCCACUGUGUCACAUUCGCUGUCACCCAAAUACUCGCGUCUAGAUAGUGACAAUCCUCAAUUGUCUGGGUCUCGUCUGCGCUAUGGAAAUUGGCCCGACGUAGAGAAGCUUGUCCUCAUAUGGUACCAGGGGGUUCAAGCAUCAGGUCGCCAACCCACGAAUGAAGAAUUAGGUGACAAGGCAAAGUCCAUUUUCAACCAGCUACCACGAUACAAGGAUGAAAACCCUCCUGAAUUCUCACCUGGCUGGAUUCAUCGAUUCAAGAAACGCUAUGGGCUUUUAAUAAGAAGACAACGUCGCCAUGGCGACGGUGGAAUGAAUCCUGCCGAAGAUAUAUCAUAUCUGGCCGACUGUAUUCCCCGGUUCAUGAGCGUUGCUUCAGACACAAGUCCAGGUGCAAUCAAAGAAGAAGUCCUUCGUGUCGUUGGUAUCGAGCCCAACCUCAACACAUGCGCAUUAGUACGUGAUGAAGUGGUUCGUAGAAUGACAGGCCCCCAGCCGCCGCCGCCUCCUCCACCACCGCCUCCCAUGAUGACACACGAUCAUCCUUCAAUCCCUCCGCCACAACAGGACCAACCCAUGUACGCUGAUGACGAUCCUGAAGUCGUCCUGCAGAAUGCCUUGCGCCAACUUCAGCAAGAGGAACAAGCUGCCGAAGAGCAAGCAGCGGCUGUACGCGAAGAGCGCGAAGAGCGCGAACGCGCCGAGAGGGUCAACAUUGUACCUAGCAGCAUGCUGGCUACUCCAACCGCGCGUGCCACUUCUGUCCAGCGCUACACGGCCACGCCGGCGCAUGAUAUGGGCGCGGAUCUCACCCUCACACCAAUAACUUCAGAGACACCUGUGACUCGCGAUGAUCGGCCCUUGCGAUGUCCUUUUUGUGUCAAUCAACGUAUGCUACGGUCUAUCAAGGAAGCUGUUGAGCACCUGUCCACACACGUUGUUGUAUGA